GUCACUGCGCUUUUAUACAUGUAAUGUGACGCUACAGUCUCGCGAGAUGAGACUCGUGACGUCGGGAUUAGCUGUCCGGCAGGAGCCAAGGAGCUGGAUAUUAACGGCGUUGCGGGACGUUUAAGCAGUGAUCCCGGAAUGCGGACUGUGUUAAGAAAAUCGGAACUGUCCCGCGAAAAGAGGCAGCCACUGUGCCUGAUCCUGUGCUUUCAGAAAGAGCCAGCACACAUUAGAACUGCUUUCAGAUAAGCAAUUGUUUCGCCUACUCCAUGUAACUGGAGGAGUUCUGUAUUGGUGACUUGUGUCUUCUUAUCUGAAGUAGAAAACCUGUUUGCAUACACAAUAUAUAUUGACAACAGGAAAUCCCUUCCUUUCAAAUCUGCUGAGGCUGACAUGGGGCAAUAUAAGACUCUUCUGUCUUCAUCUUUAAGUGAAUUUCAUCAGCAUAGUACCUACAGUUUAUUUUAUGAGACCCUUCUGUAAAACAUGGAUCGAUGUAAGCAUGUUGGACGCCUGCGCCUUGCACAGGAUCAUUCUAUUCUAAACCCACAAAAGUGGCGUUGUGUAGACUGUGACACAAAAGAGUCUGUGUGGGCAUGCCUUAAAUGCUCUCAUGUGGCCUGUGGUCGUUACAUUGAAGAACAUUCUCUGCGUCACUUUCAGGAGAGCAGCCACCCUCUUGUGAUGGAAGUUCAUGAACUAUAUGUUUUCUGCUACUUGUGCCAGGAUUACGUGUUAAAUGAUAAUCCAGAAGGUGAUUUGAAACUACUAAGGAGUGCCCUGUCUGCUGUAUGGACCCAGAAGCAGGAGGCAUACAGUCGAAGGAGCUUGAGGUCUCAAGUGACUUCCAGAGAGGGUGCUGGAUGUCACAGGACAUCACAAGGGCAACCGCUGAUGCUCACUGCCUUGUGGCACAGACGCCAGGCUUUGCUAGCCAAGGCUUUGCGACUGUGGUUCGAGAGAAGUUCAAGAGGACAGUUAAAGCUUGAAGAAAAAAGGCAACGGGUUGAGCUUGAAAGAAGAAAAGAGGAGGCAAGGCUUAGGCGUCAGGAAGUAAAGCGGCGACUUUUGGAAGAACUUGCAAACACUCCUCCAAGAAAAAGUGCUCGUCUUUUAUCACAUGCACACACAGACAGCCUAAUUCCCCAGAAAUUCAGGGAUAUAACAGCUAGCAGCCCAGCUUCACAACGGGAAGCCCGGAGGCGCUUCAACCAGCUUUAUUCAAUCAGGCCCACUGUGACCCCAGGAGUGACAGGUCUACGCAACCUUGGUAACACCUGCUAUAUGAACUCUAUCUUGCAGGUCUUAAGCCACUUACAGAAGUUCAGAGAGUGCUUUCUUACACUUGACCCAAGUGAAAAGGAAGAACUUUUGGCUAGAACAGGAACAAAUGGCAAGCGCCGUGUAGGAGAUGCUGGUGGAGGACAUCCAGUUGGUGGAAUUGGACUUAAUGGGGGGUCAUCUAUUACUAAAAGUCUGGAGCUGAUCCAACCCAAAGAACCUAGCACUAAACAUCUUUCCUUGUGUCAUGAACUGCACACUUUAUUCCGAGUUAUGUGGUCAGGGAAGUGGGCGCUGGUUUCGCCCUUUGCUAUGCUACACUCUGUGUGGAGCUUGAUACCAGCAUUUCGUGGCUAUGAUCAACAGGAUGCUCAGGAGUUUCUGUGUGAGCUUUUGGACAAAGUGCAACAGGAGCUGGAAUCUGAGGGCAGCAAGCGUAGGAUCCUCAUACCCAUUUCCCAGAGAAAGCUCACCAAACAGGUGCUGAAAGUGGUGAAUACAAUAUUUCAUGGGCAGCUGCUCAGCCAGGUCACCUGCUUGAAAUGCAGCUAUAAGUCUGAUACAGUGGAGCCUUUUUGGGAUUUGUCCCUGGAGUUCCCUGAGCGCUACCACUCUCAGGAAAAGGGAAUUGCUCCAGUUACCACUACUGAGUGUACACUUACUGAAAUGCUUGCCAAGUUCACAGAGACUGAAGCUUUAGAAGGAAGAAUUUAUGCUUGUGACCAGUGUAACAGCAAGAGGAGGAAGUCCUCUCCAAAGCCAUUGGUGCUGAGUGAGGCAAAGAAGCAACUUAUGAUUUUCAGGCUACCUCAAGUAUUGCGGCUGCAUCUCAAACGUUUUAGGUGGUCUGGACGAAAUCAUCGUGAAAAGAUUGGUGUCCAUGUAUUUUUUGACCAAGUUUUAAACAUGGAGCCAUACUGUAGAAGUGUGUUACCACCAUCUAACCCUGAGGCAUACCUUUAUGACCUCUCUGCAGUAGUGAUGCACCAUGGUAAAGGCUUUGGCUCCGGACACUACACAGCCUACUGUUACAAUACCGAGGGGGGUUUCUGGGUUCACUGCAACGAUUCCAAACUUAAUAUGUGUUCAGUGGAGGAAGUAUGCAGGACACAGGCUUAUAUCUUGUUUUACACACAGAGGAGUAACACACAAAACAGUGUUCAUGGCAACAAGACACAAACCAAUGCAGGGAUCCCUGAACUCAACAUUCCACCUCAGGCUCCAUCCAGUCCCAAUGAGCGCAGCCGAAGGAUUACAGUCCCUUGAAUUGGCAGCAGGGAUGUUAGCACCGGCGCUUAAUGCCCCAGUCACUUUUUCUACUGAAUAUUUGCUGUUUUUAUUAAUUAUGCCAGAUUAGUAAUACAAGAAUUAAUGUACAACUAGAUAGUCCUCAUGAUAUGGGUUCUAGGGUUGGACCCCCAGUGUGUCAGAGCAGGAAAUUGUAGUUUGGAGGAAUUUAAAGGGGCAGUAUACACCCUCACCCUCUUUCAACAUGAGCUCAAUAAAUAAGUCUUGUACUGAACAUACUUUUGCCUGUUAUUUUAAGUGAGAAAUAUCUGUUUUUUAUUUCUUGCACUAAACAAGAAAGUAAAUUACUUUCUAGUUUAGGUUGCCACUUCACACAGCUAUUCUUUAUUUCCUGUUCUGAGAAGAGGAGAAGCUGUUAACUAAUUACUAGUCCACAGAUUAUCCCCUUUGCAUAAUCGGCUGUUUAUCUAAAAUGCUGCAGUUUAUGGAUGGGAGGGGUGUGUUUAUUCUGAUCACAUUAUUUCCCUUUGAACAAAUUAACCUGUUUUAUAUGGGUGGAAAGUAUAUUCAGUGAAAAAAGUGUUAUAAUUAUUGCACUUAUUUUUAUCAAAGGUGUUUUGUUUAUACUGCCCAUUUAAAGAUAAAGGCUAGCACUAUCCUUUUUUUACUCACUGCUAAAGAUUUGGAAGUUCUGUAGUUUUAACUUUGUUUUAUUGCUUUUAAAAUGUGCAGGAGAGAUUGAACCAGAUCAACUCACCCUUAUAAAAUUCUUUAUAUCCAGUAGGUCAGAAGUACAUUUCUUAUACAUAGACGUCUUAUGGUUCCGUCACAUAUUAUGUUUAAAAAUAAAAGUAAUUCCCUUUUCCCGUAAAUUUGCUAUAUAAUUUGCAGUUUGCUAGUUCUUCAGUCACUAGUUUCCUGGGUCUGGAAUCCACGUUACCAAUCUAGUUUGGAAACUCUUAUCUUUUAUGGUGUGCUGUUUUGCCAAAAGUCAUAUAACCUGAUGUGGUUCAAGACAGUUCUAACUUCUUCUAAUAGUUAAAUCGGUGCUUUGAUCAAAAUGUGAGGGUCUCAUUUCCAAGGAUAAAUAAUUUUUUACUGUUUUUUAAUGCUGGAAUUUUGAGGGGAAAUUUUGCUCAUUUGCAUAUACAAAUUAUUCAGCCAUAUCUUCUGUGAUGGAUUGGAAGGAGACACAUUAUAUUUUUUAGUUGUCAUUUAUUCAAACAUUACUGAUGCCAAGUGCACAGAGUGGGCAUUAGAUUUAUAGUUACUGGAAUAUCUUCAUCUUGAGAAAUACCUUAAAUUGUGGUGAUUGGAGGGAACAAGAUUUGAAACUUCCUUUCUGACAUUUUGAGGUGUCUGCAUUAUUUGCUUCAUUUGAAAGCAGUUGAUGUAAAAUGUUUAAUGCUAAUCUGUUUAGUUUUUCUUUGUUGUCUUUAAACCAGCAUUUUAAGCUGCACGAGACAGCAUUUUCUCAGGGCCUUAUCAAUCUCUCCAUAGGCUCCUUUUUUCAAGGCAUUCUAAAUAUUUGAUAUUGGCGUGUCUUUUAGUUUAUAAAGGAAUUGUGGCACUAUCCCGUAAAACAGACUCCAGUCUAAAUAGCAUGAUGGGGGGUAAAUGUGACACUCUGUUACAGUACUCCAAGCAAAGCCUCACAGUGACACUCUGUUACAGUACUCCAGCAAAGCCUCACAGUUGCCCUGCUGAUUUGAGGCAGAAUGCACUGGAGUACUGUACUGUACUGUAACAGAGUGUCACAUUUACCCCCCAUCAUGCUAUUUAGGAGAACAAUGUGUAUAUGUUUUUUUAAUUUGUACUUCAAAAUGAGAAUCAUUGCAGGAGGUUUGAGAUACAAAGCUUUUUAACUCUUCCCUACAAAAUAAGCUGAUGCUCAUGAGAGCAAAAUGCAUAUUUUUACUUUUAUUUAUCUUGAGACUUUGCAUCCCCUUUAAGGAAAAACCAUACAUACGCAUAAUUCCAGGCUGUAUUUUAAAAGCAAACCAUUCCUUUAUAAUAUAAAAAUGUGCCAGUAAUUCCUUCAAAAUAUGUCAACCUCUUGUCAACUCAAUUAGGUUGGAUUAGAGUUAACUGUGGAUGCAUUUAUGUUGAUCUUUCUUUCAUUUUGUUCAUUAAGGGGUCAUUUAUUUAAAAGUCAUAGAUAUUGGUGUAUGCAAUUAACUAUAAGGGGGGGGUGGGGAUUUACUAAAAUUUGAAUUUUUUUUCGGAUAUAUGAACUGUAACUUUUUCAUAUUGCCUCACAAAAGCCAGCGUCGGAAAAAAUUGAAAACCUCUGAAACCCCAAAGCAAAGAAAGCACUUCCAAUUGUAAAAGGGACAUCUGCCACUGACUUCUACAUGAUCUCGAUGAUCAAGUUCUAGCUGGCAUAUUUAAGCAUUUGGAAUUGUCACUGUUUUGUCACAUAAUAAAUCGUGACAAAUAUGCGGGUUUUUUUUCUGCAACAAAAACGUGCUGUAGAAAAUGCCCCCUUAAAUGUUACAUUUGUAAACAAAACUUCAGACCUUUGCUCACCUACUACUGUUAUGAGUAACAAUUGCCAUGUUAAUUAGCCAGAUCAGUUAAGGAAACUAGUUGUAGGACUGUCUGCUUUUACUCCCAAUUGACAUUGGUGCAUUAGACCUUUGUGGCCAUUUAAUAAAUGACCCUCACUGAUUUUGUGUGCUUCAGUGGUCAAAAUGACUCUGCACUAUUUUUCUCCUGUAAAGUGUAUACUGGUAAGCCUGUGUAUUUCUAGGACUGAAAGUAUGUUUUUUGUGCAGAUAAUUUUUUUUUCUAAAAUAACUCAGUUCUUUAGUUUGCUAUGUUGUUCAUGCAUUCUAAACAUAUCCACUGGCACAUGAAUGUGUUGUGAAAAAUUAUUAUUUGUGCCUUCAUUGUAGUAUUUUAUGUUUUGUUUUUUUUUCUUUUUUAAAAACCCUAAUUGUUUUAAGUUCCUGUGGUGUGUUGUGGAUCUCCUCCAUUUAUUAAUACAAAGAAAACAAUGUGAUGGCAUCAGGAGAGAGAGAUUUAAAUUGACAAUUCUCAAUUUUUUACCGUUUUACAUAAAACUCUAUUUUCAAGUG